AUGGUUGAAUAUGCAGAACAAGGUAAUAAGCUAAGGACGCACAGGGACGUGCCACCCUACCUUCUCGACAUGAUCUACGAGAAGGAAGGACUAGACGGGGAGCGGAGAGCGAAGCAAAAAGCGGCCAGCUCAGAGAGUAAUCGUCCAAUCAAGAUCGUAAAUGUCUUGCCCUCACCCUAUAGCCAUCCUGCUGCGGAAGGGUGUACCCCACCAUUAUCUAAUUCUAGCAUCGUUUCAACAACGUCGGUAGUGGACCUAACAGAUCUGGUCAUCCCGAAACCGAUCGACAGGGCCGUAGAUGAUUAUACCGAAUGGCUCUGUGACCAGGUUGAGGACAAAAACUGGAAAGCAGGCUUUCGCAGCGCGGGUAGCAUCACGAAGGCCGAUUGCCUUGACCUAAGGCACGUCUAUCAAGAUCGGGACAUCGGCUAUCACGUCAACCAAGGCGUCAAGGCAGGCAUCGCCAGGUCGUUCGUCCAAGACAUCAAGACGUGGGCUAACAGUCUGUGA